CUCCCUCCCUACUCUCACGUCCUUUCUCAACCAUGGCUACCGCGAUCGACCAACAGCAAUGGAGUGUCCUUCUCGGCAACGACCUUCAACACAAGCCCGAGAGCACCGAGGCCAGCACACCGGAUCUUAGUGCUGAUACCAGCUCCCUGACACAACUACUCCUCGCAGGAGAAUAUGGUCUCGCUCUCAAGACCCCAACAGCCGCCGAAAUCUUUGGCACAAACCUCACCGAGACUGACGCUGAGGUCAUUGCCCUAGAAUCCUCUCUGGAUCUGAGCGCGUUCCUCACUAAGCGCAUGCAGUCCUAUCUUGAGAACACCACCCCAUCUUCGACUUCGACCACAUCCUCUGCAUCUUUGGAUGUCCUCUUCAUCGCAAUUGCCUCGCUCUAUGCCUUUGUUCAGGCUGGCUGGACCGGCCCCGAACUCGGAUUUGAACCCGUCGACGUUUUGCCCGCACAUGUCCGACCCAAGUCCAAGGAUCUGGAUAAGCAGGCGCUCGACAGUCUUGCGGUCGGAGGAGAGACCACCUACCAUCUGUCACCCCAGAUCUUGUUCCUGCACUUUUCCAGGAUCCUUUUGGUUGAUAAUCUCGAGACCUUGAAGAAGGAUGCCGUGGUCGCGAAGACGGCUCCAUGGUGGGCGCUCCGCACGUUGUUCCUGCAGCAGAGGACAUUAGAGGGUCCUACUGGAUUGCUCCAGACAGAGAUGCUGGCGUUGGCGGACGAAAUUGAGUCGACCUUGACAGCGGAGGUCAAGAUUGAUAAUGGAGCAUUGGAGGCCAUUGACAAGAAGGAGGCUUUGACACGAUUCUGGAUCGAGAAGGGUCUAGUUCUGCACUGGUACACCGAGGACACAAAGGCCUAUGAGACCCUUCAGAAGGCGCAGUCGACCUCGGGAUUCCGCUUCAAGGUCACAGGAGCGCUGGGCAAGCGCACAAAGUUCCAGCAGUUCGACACAUCACAGCUCGUCGUCGUCGCAGAAAGUAGCAGGGACAUGGCCAGUUCCAGACCUUCGGCUUACAGCUCCAAGGCCGGAUCCGGUGCCGGUCCCAAGAACUUGGAACAUAACGAUGACACGAUUCUGGAAAAGGUCCAAUUCACGGAACUUAGCGAGGAAGACCGCGCACGCCUUGGGGAUCUCGAACUGGAUCCGUCCAAGAAGAUUGAGGAUCUCCAUCCUAUCGACCAUGCUCUCCUGCUGGCAUUCUGUCUCAACAUCAAGAACACCAACCCCGCACACGGUCUCACGGUCGAGCAGAUGUUUCCUUUUGUCACACGCGUCCUGGAGACCCCCAACAACUGGACAGUGUACACCAUGGCGCUCUUGCUCCGAUCGCGUCUCGAGUCCGACAAGUCCAGGACGGUGGAGCGUGGCGCCUUGCAGCUACAGGCGCUCGUGGAUCAGACCAAGAUCGAGGACGAGACGUCAACGACGCGUGAGAGAAUGCAUCACUUUUUCUCGGUGCUCCUCCCAUCAAAAUGGGAACUCGAGAAGGAACUGGCAGAGCAAUACAUGGCCUUGGGUGUCGUUCGUUCGGCCAUGGAUAUUUUUGAGCGCAUGGAGCUGUGGGAGGACGUGAUUGCUUGCCACCAAUUCUUGGACCAGGCUGAGAAGGCCAAGGCCCUGUGCAGAGAAUUGCUCGCCAAGAAUCCCUCGAACGCGAAAUUGCACUGCACCAUUGGCGACUUGGACGAGGAUCCCGAGAAGUACAAGGAGGCCUGGGAGGUCUCUGGGCAUCGUCUCGCCCGUGCCCAGCGCUCGCUGGGUGCCUACUACUUCAAGCGCUCAGAAUACGAGCUCGCCAAGCCUUGUUAUCAGAAGGCACUCAAAAUCAAUCCGUUGUUCGAGAACUCUUGGUUCAUUCUUGGAUGUAUUGGCAUGCAGCUGGAGGACUUUGAUGUCGCCAUCGAGGCAUUCACGAAGGUGGUCUCGAUUGAUCAGAGUAACGGAGAGGCCUGGAACAACUUGGCUGCGAUCCACAUGCGCCGCAACAACAAUUUGGAUGCUCAGCAUGCGCUGCGACAGGCACUCAAGGAGAAGCGAGAGUCGUGGAAGAUCUGGUCCAACUACAUGUACUGCUCAUUGGACGUCGGCGACUUCACAGAGGCGAUCCGUGCGAUGGGUAUGGUUGUUGAGUUGCGGUGGAAGCAGAAGAAGGAAGAGACCGUGAACGAUGAGAUCGUCGAUAUCGUCAUCCUGGACAGGAUCGUUCAGGGUCUCACCCGCGACCUGAAAGAUCUGUACUCGAGAAAGGUCGCUUUCCAGGAAUCAAGGAUCGAGGACCUCUUGCUCGGGAUCACCAACCGUAUCACGAACGAUCCCCGGAUCUGGAGGAUCUGCGGCAAGUUUUACUUUUGGCAGAAGAACUAUCCCGAGUGCCUGGAGUGCCAGCUCAAGGCCUAUCGCUCUGUGAUCCACAACCCCAAGAUCGAGACGGACCAGACCGAGUUCGAGAAGGCUGUGGAGUCGGCGAUCGAGAUGGUGGACUGGUACAGGAACUUGGGUCCAUUGACAUACAAAGAUAAGCAGGGUCAGGAGCAACCCGUGGCUAAGGAUUGGGCGUACCGCUCCAAGCAGAUGAUCAAGAGCUUGAUGGCCAGGACUAGAGACUCAUGGGAGGAUGUGCCGGCGUAUGAGAAGUUGAAGGAUACCAUGGAGGAUCUCAAGUCGGAAAAGUAGACUUUUUUUUAUUUUGCUAUCACCCUUUUUUUAUACAUAGAAAUCAACACAAUAACACACAAUCUGCACU